CUCAUCUCAUUUCAAAAUAAAAAUUCUCAUCGUAAUAUUAAUUAUCAUUUUAUUAAGAAAAAUUCAUAAUUAAUUUAAUUAGUUUGGAUACAAGACUGGUAUUACCAGACCAGUCUUUGGUUUACAAACAUGGUUACGUCCUACUAUAUAAUGAAGAUGAAUCAAAACAGAGGUAUGGACAUGGAUGAAUAUUACAGUAAUUUGCAUAUUAGAGGCCUGAAAGGAUCAUUGAAGAAAAAAGCACGCUGUAGAGUUUGUCUCGGGGAUGGUACCCUACCAAUUUUCAACCUUGACAAUGGCUCGGACGUUGCGGAGGCACUGCAAAUAUUUGCUAACAUAGAGGUGGACGAAGAUGGUGAUUAUCCAAAACAUUUAUGUAAAGUGUGCCAUAAGUUUAUCAAGAGCGCAAUUUCGUUUCGUAAAAUAGCACAACAAUCUAAUGAAACUUUAAAGAAGCACACUAGCGUUGAGUCAUUUGAUUAUUUCCAAGACUCACACGAUAUUCUCAAGAAUGAGAUGGAACUGUCAGAUCUUGACACUGCAGACUCUUUAUUACCAACACAACCUAUAGAGAAAGAGAAAGAUAAAGCGAAAGAUACCAAAGUUCAGUGCACUGUAUGUAAUAAGAUUGUCACCAGUGCAUAUAUCAAAGAACAUGUGACAAUGCAUGACCCAAAUCACCACAAAUAUGUUUGUGAUGUAUGUGGAAAGUCCUUUAGACUGCGCUGCUCAUACCACAACCACAGUUUGCGGCACAGGACCGACUUUGCUUUCAAAUGCCAAUUUUGUCCAUACAAGGGCAGAUAUAAGGAGCUUUUAAAAAAUCAUAUGCGCACACAUACAAGCGAUUAUAGAUACAUGUGCACAGAAUGCCCAGCCAGAUUUCUCUUCAAAAGCAAUUUAAACCGCCAUGUCUUAAUCAGACACAGGGAACCCCAACACAAAUGUGAUUCUUGCAAAAAGAUUUUUCACACAAAAUUGAUGCUCAGAAGUCAUUUUGAUGCCCAACAUCUAGGUUUAAAAAAUCAUGUAUGCAAUAUAUGUGGGAAGGCUUUUGGCUAUAGAAAUGCAAUGAUGAAGCAUCAACGACAUGUACACAAAAGAGAAAAAUUGUCAUUUUCAAGAAUGCCUGCAUAUUUACAAGCUGAAAUUAAUAAUUUUAGUACUGAAGAUAACAAUGCAUAAUAUAACAGUCUCUUUUUAUUAUAUACUUAUACUUUGUACAUUAAAUAAUCACUAUGUUAUAGUCAUA